CAUGACGGCGCGAGAGGACAGCGAGGACAGACCGAAGGUCAGGAUGCUCACGCCAGGAUUCGGAAUCGAUAAAUCACGACUGCACGGCUCCGGUUUCCGGUCAAAGGGCUUUGCGAUCACGGACCUGUUGGGGCUCGAGACGGACAUCCAGUCCUCUCGCCCGUCCGCCCCGGGAUUAGGUGGGAGCGGCGAGGUGCAGAGCGCGGGCCUCGGGGGAUACCCGUUCCCCGGGGGCUCGCUGCCCCUCGGAUUGGGCUUUCUGUGCAGCCUGGCGGCCCAGCAGCCCACGGGAGCCCCCUGCUUCAUGCCCGGCCACCUGCCCCUGCUGCAGGCCCGCUCGGAGAGCCACUACCUGCAAAGCCUCCAGGAGCAGCAGCGGGACCCCUACUCCGACGAGGAGGGUCUGUCCGACCGCAACGACCCCAAGAGCUCCGGGACCGGGUCCCAGAAGAGGAAGAAACGGAGACACCGGACCGUGUUCACGUCGCACCAGCUCGAAGAGCUCGAGAAGGCCUUCCACGAGGCGCACUACCCCGACGUGUACGCGCGCGAAAUGCUUGCGAUGAAGACGGAGCUCCCGGAGGACCGGAUCCAGGUGUGGUUCCAGAACCGACGCGCCAAGUGGCGGAAGCGGGAGAAAUGCUGGGGCCGCAGCAGCGUGAUGGCGGAGUACGGGCUGUACGGCGCCAUGGUGCGGCACUCAAUCCCGCUGCCUCAGUCCAUCAUCAACUCUGCCAAGAGCGGCCUGAUGGGGUCGUGUGCUCCCUGGCUCCUAGGAAUGCACAAGAAGUCUCUGGAGGUCCCGAAGGACGCCCCGGGGAGCCCCGACUCCUCCCGCGCGGAGUCCCCGGUGGAGGAGCACCACAAGGCGAAGGAGGAGGGCCGGGAAAGCCCGGUGUGGAGCGGCCGGGCCUCGCAGGCCGAGGACAGCGACGACAUGGCCAUGGACCUGUCCAGCACCUCCAAGCACGACAGCAGCAGCAGCAGCACCAAGAGCACUUUGAGGCCGGCCUCCCCGGCCCCCCCUCGGACCCCCCGCAGCGACUCCGACCACGACUGA